GGCCCCCCGCAGGUGCCAUCAAGACCUAAGUUUAACCCAAAGGCAAAUGAUUUCUGAUGUUUUGUACUUUCAAUAACAACCCGACCAUCGAAGACAAAGGGAAGCCUCGCCCCAACACAAGUAGUGGACAGAACUGAACUUGACUCAUCGUGUCCACUAUGAACCGGCCGUCUCGUACCGAUGAUGACUUUGAUCAUCCGACCUGGAACCAGAACCCGCCCUUCCUGGCCGCCGACCUGACCACCCGCCAGGAUCUCAACGGCAUCGCCAAUGCCCGCGAGCACCGGAACCGAGACCCCGGACCGGCCAAUAGCUUCGGCAUUCUCGACGACGAGAAAAUUGCUGCCGAUGGCCGUGUUUCAGAUUCCCGUGACAUAACGCGGCAGCACCGCCCUUCUGUAAUGAGCGGCCGGUUCACCCGUCCGCUCAUUGCAGCCCCCAAGACAGUGCUUGGUGGUGAAGGCCAAGCCUGUCUCUCCACGCCUCCAAUUCGACCCCCUUCGAGUUGGACCGGCUGGAUCGCGUCUGUCGCUAUCGUGUCGACCGUCGUCAUUUUUCUUGAAAAGUUUUUCAUGGUUUUGUUUGCAAGCACCGUUAAGCCGGUCGAUUUGAAUGCCAUCAGAGGGGGAACCACAUUGCGCCGCCUUUCAAGGCGCCAGGAUGCCUGCGUCGGACAGGCCGGCGGGAUAAGCAGUGACUAUAACACGCCGCUUCACGUCGGCGCCCUGAUCAUCAUCCUCGGCGUGUCAAGCUUUGCCUGCGGCGUCCCCAUGCUCGCCGCCAAGUUCCCCGUGCUCCGUAUCCCCGAACCCUUCUUUUUUGGAGUCCGCCAUUUUGGCACUGGCGUCCUGCUCGCCACCGCUUUUGUACACCUGCUGCCUACCGCCUUCAUUUCCCUCGGGAACCCCUGUCUGUCCAAUUUCUGGACGACAGACUACCCCGCCAUGCCGGGCGCAAUCGCCCUGGUGGGCAUCUUUUUCGUGAGCGUCAUCGAGAUGGUCUUUAGUCCCGCGCGCGGUUUCAUCCCUCGGCCCGACGCUGGUUUGGAAUCGCAAUCCGCCGUCACGGUCCGGCGCUCCGUCGGGGCCGGACACUGCGGGCAUGCGAGCGACGUUGCUGCGGCCAUAACACGUCCUGCAACCAACACUCGUUGCGGGAGUAUCGAGCCGGAGCCGGCUCCGAUGCGGGACCACCACACCUCGGGGGAGAAGUCCAAAGAGACGCUAGAAAUAGAGUCUCAGGGCACGGAGCUCACGGCGGAACAGCUGCACAAGAAGAGCAUCCUGCAGUGCAUGCUGCUGGAAGUGGGGAUCCUGUUUCACAGUGUUUUCAUCGGCAUGGCUCUGAGCGUCGCAGUAGGGGGCGACUUUGUCGUGCUUCUGAUUGCAAUUGCCUUUCACCAAACCUUUGAAGGCCUUGCCCUCGGUGCCCGCAUCGCCUCCAUCACAUGGCCCAAAAACACCCUCCAGCCUUGGCUGAUGGUGCUCGCUUACGGGUGCACUACACCAAUAGGCCAAGCAAUCGGCCUGGCCACUCACACACUGUACAGCCCAGACUCGGAGUUUGGCCUGAUCCUCGUAGGCACCAUGAACGCCGUCUCGUCCGGGCUGCUUGUCUUUGCCGCCCUGAUCGAACUGCUCGCCGAGGACUUUCUCAGCGACCACAGCUGGGGCGUCCUGCGCGGCCGCAAGCGUGUUGUUGCGUGCCUCCUUGUGCUGUUCGGCGCCGUCUGCAUGAGCCUUGUCGGCGCCUGGGCUUGAUCAAGGCUCGUUCGCUUUGCUAACAGGAAGGGUAGAUGAGUAAGUGGGUGAUCAGCAGCCGGUGCCGCGGGGUGAGCUGCUCGGGUGGGCCGUGCUGUGAUAGAUUGUGGGGUGAGUGACUUGUUCUGCGUACCUAUGACAUGUUUUGUGUGAGGAUAGGAGGUUGUUGUGCAGGGGAAUUGGUGGAAGCGGGAUUUUGGUUAUAAGCGUUCUAGUUGUGCUAAGUGUAUCCAGCAUAAGCGCACCGGCUACCUGCCCAGGCUGGUGGUUGCCAUGGCGUCGUAGCGCGUGCAAGCGGUUGGAUAGGGAAGGGUGCAGGUGCUUGGAUGUUUGAUAGCUGACGAACAAGCAUCGAAUGCCAUCGUCGAUACAGUUUGAUAGCUCAACCAUUGUAGGUUUUAAGAUGUCUUUCGUUUUGGGCAGAGCGGGAUCCAGACUCCUGAGGGCAGGUACUGUCAUCUGGCCUGGGC